AUGAUGUGGAGGAUGAACCUGGGCGACGGCGCAGUCAUCACCCAGGACGGCGACUCGGCUCUUUCUUAUGAGAUUGCAGCAGAGUGCGCUGUGGAAUCUUCCCAUAUUUCACCCCCUGAUGAAAUCCUUCGCUACAGUCGAGACUCGAACUUAUUAUCGGAACUCGCAUCAGUCUUCCUCGACAACAUCAACCAAGAGCAUCAAUUUACACCAUACACAUCACCUUCAUUUCUGGAUCAAUACCCGUACCAAAGUAUCGAUGAAACCUUCCUCCAUACUGCCAUUCUUGCAACAGGAGCCGCCUUUCUAGCAAGCCGAGACCCGAAUAUGGCCAAGGUGGGCGAGGACUUUGCGAAGUACGCAGAAAAGCUCGUCUUUGACUGUUGUCGCUAUCGGCCCACCCUAUCAGUAAUUCAGGGAAUGUGUAUCCUAUCGUUCAGAUCCUUGUCGAUUGGAAAAGAUCACUUGGGCUGGAUGUUCAUCUCUAUGGCCGGGGGUUUGUGCGUUCACUUACGACUACAUGUUCUUGCGUUGGAUGAAUGUGCUGGGAGAGCCUUGAAGCCUACGUCGCCAGAGAUCAGGACGUUCUGGAUGUUCUACUUCGUCGACGUAUCUGCAAUCACUAUCUUGGGGAGGAAUUGUGCACUUCCGUGGCGGCGCGUCAACGUGCCCGAAUUUCAUACAACGUUGAACGCCGAAACCGCAGACUUGGCAGAGCUCUCAUUCGCAUGGCAGAGUCAGCUAUGGUACACCCACGCUGAAGCCAUGGACCAGAUAUUCGCCCCAUCCUUUGAGAAGCUUGCUAUGGCACAGCAAAUCAGGCUUCUCGUAUCGACGCUUGAGCAGCUCAAUACCUUCUUCCGCUCCAAACCACACCAACUACACAUGAACAAUGACGCCCCAAAACCAAUCGUUUUCUUUCACUUGCAGUAUCAUAUGGCAAUAAUGAUCAUCAUAUCGUCUUUUCUGCGAUCUUUCACCUCCUCGAACACCCCUGGUAUCAACGAAGCCGAAUCAAAUAGUUCACUACUAGUACUACGAUCUAUCACUAGCGCUGCAUCAGAGACAAUACGCCUAUGUCGGCUGUAUCGAGACAGAUACACCUUCACGAUGGCACAUCCGAUCAUAGUACAUCAUCUUUUAAGCGCGAUUCUUGUGCAUCUGAUGAACGCCACCAGCAGUGACAUCACUUUGAGGAGACAGAGCUCGCGUUGGUUACGGACAGGGAUGGGGCUUAUGGAUGAACUGCGAGAGACAUGGCCCACGCGCGUUAAUAAGUGCAUUCGUGUGGUCCGCGUGUUGGCUCAAAAAUGGGGAGCAGUAGGUGCUCUUCCAAUGGCAUUCGCAGCUCCUGUUGAGCCAUCCGCACAGGAAAGGGAGUCCCCACGACAAGAUGCGAGCUAUUUCAGUCGACUCAAUGACCCAGCACAGACGAGUGUUGGGGUCUAUGAUGGCCACGAUGCCACUCCCUUCAAUGGGCAUGCAUGGCAAACCGGCGAGAUGUCAUCUGUAUCAGAGCUAUUAGGGGCUUUUGGAAGUUUAUCCAGUUUGCCAGAUCUGGGAUGGUUGUACGAGGGUCAAGAUUUUGAUACAAGCGGAAGUUAG